GUGGGUCUUUCCUAGAGCUCUUGAGCUAAAUGUCAGUGCAAGUCUCUGGAUAAAAAAAUUAAAUCGCUCUGUGAUCUGUUAGAGAAAAUUCUGCUCGAGAACCCCACUGCUGCUGUAUCUCAUUUUGUAUGUUAGUUUGUUAGCUUCCGGUGAAGGCUGAGUACAGCAGCUCAUGUCUUCUUUUCCUGCGAGAGUUUAUGUGCUUGAGCCUGCCUGAAGCAUAUGCUGCUCCUCUGUUUCCUUGACUCCUUUGUGUUGCCUGCACCACUGGUCUUGUGACACCUCAGGGGGUUAUCAUACUAUAGCCUGGAUCCAAGUCCCUGUAGAUAGCUACAGACACGCACAGCCACAGACGUUUCUCUGGACUUGGCUUUAACUACCAUGAUUGUAUUAAAAUAUGAGAUCAACUGAACAUUUCUUUAAUCCCAGCUUUAACGUUUUUAGCCAAACCCAAAUAUUUUUGUUCCCAGUACAGAAUGGAGUGGUCCUGGCAAAAACCAUUUGAAGCAGAAACACGCGCAGGUUGGCAGACAGCUGAGGGAUGAAAGGCUGAUCCAAAAAGUGUCAUUGACUGAGCAUGGGGCUUACCUCAGAAGCUCUUGAAUCUAAUUCUAGUUCAUCUGAGCAAAUAAUUUAACUGUACCUAAUAUCAAUUUCCAUCUCUGUAAAAUGGGGAUAAUACAAAUUACACCUACAUUGCCGAGAUGGAGUGAAGAUUAAUUACAGUAGUUAAUGUGUGACCAGUGCUUUGAAGAAAGAGUACCACGAACAGGCUGGGUGUACAGGAAUGUAGAGAAACCAGAGAGUGUAUCAGAUCAUAUGUACAGGAUGGCAGUCAUGGCUUUGGUAACUGAAGAUAAACAACUUAAUAAAGACAGAUGUGUACGACUAGCUCUGGUUCAUGAUAUGGCUGAAUGCAUUGUUGGAGAUAUAGCACCUGCAGAUAACAUCUCCAAAGAGGAGAAACAUCAGCGAGAGGAGGCAGCUAUGAAACAUUUGACCCAGCUGCUAUCAGAAGACCUGAGAAAAGAAAUCUAUGAACUCUGGGAAGAAUAUGAACACCAGUCUACAGCAGAAGCCAGAUUUGUAAAAGAGCUGGAUCAGUGUGAGAUGAUACUCCAAGCAUCUGAGUAUGAAGAGUUGGAAAAAAUGCCUGGAAGACUGCAGGACUUCUAUGAUUCAACAUCAGAUCACCUUUCAAAGGCACAUUCAGGAAUCAGAUUUGCUACGAGAACCUGGAUAUCUGGCCUUUCAACCUCCAGGUCAUCAAUUCAAAUCCACCACAAGUUGGUGACAGAAGGUUUUAUUUGACAGUUGAUUGAUAACAUCUGCCAAAUAAGUUGGAGGUCUCAUUCAAAUUCACAGAAGACAGAGGCUCACCUCACAGAAUGCCAUCAAAACUGGCUCCACAAGGGGGUGCCUCAGCAAUGAGAGCAGGACUGAAUAACCAUGGCGACUGAACCCUCAUCUUAACAGGGUUGCCAACUUUCUGAUUGCAGAAAACUGAACACCCUUGCCCCGCACCCUGCCCCGGGGCCCUGCCCCUUCCCACAGGCCCUG